AAACCCGAGUGAAAUAGGAAGGAGGAAUGUGCACCCUGGUUAAAAGUCGAGAACCCGUCUGUCAGAAUUCUUAUAAAGAGUAGAUUAAAAUGUGAGCGGACUUACAUGAGUGGAACUUUGCACCCCAACAAGUAUUAUUGAUCACUGGUCUUGUCUUGAAGAUUGAAAAACUAUACGUCAUGAAUAGUUCCCAUGGAAGUCAUAGCAGUUCUUCUUCUUCUUCUUUCCCUCGAUCUUCGUCAGAAGAAAGAGGCAAUAAUUUAUCGCAGCAAUUGCAGACUUUGCAGUCUAUGAUUCCAAACAUUCCAGGCACUGCGGAUGACAGAUCCAUCCUUGAAGCUGCCCAUGGAUAUAUACAACGUAUUCAUGAAGAGACAGAGAGCAUCGAGAAGGAAUUAUUGCAACGCCGACGCUCUACUACUACUCGAGGCAGCUCAUCUUCAUCAUUAGUGGGAGUGCGUCCGAAAAUAUUAAGUAUGGAAAUAGAUGAUCUAAUGAUAGAAGGAAGAUUUGUGGUGAAGAUAAGUUGGAGAAGAGGUUUCAGCGAGAAUGGCCUCGUGCAGCGCGUGCUUGAAGACUGUCUCAACGUUACAAUGACUUCAAUUUUAGAUGAAGACAACAAUCCUGAUUGUAUGCUAACAACAGCCUUUGUUAAGGUAAAAGAAGGGACGAGAAUGACGGAAGAGCAACUUCGUGAUCAGUUGAUGAAUAUAGCAGCUAGUUACGGGUUGAUGCCUUAAGAACGAACAUUUAGAUAUAACUGUGUGUUACUACUUUUGAAGCCGUAAUUUAUUUUAUUUUUUAUUUUAUGACAAGAUGCCAUGACCUUAUUUGGGAAUGAAUCGAGUGUGAUUUACAUGGUCUUUGAUGUUGUUACCUGUCUACAAAAUGUUUUUCAUUUUAUUUUUUAUAUUCAAAGAUUGAAAUUCCAUCAUAGUGCGGCAA